AUGGCGUCCACUCCUGCAGCCGUCCAUUAUGAUACGGAGCUCAUGAAGAAUCAAAAGAAUGCCAGCUCCAUGGAUCCUGCUAAACAAUUCGAUGUCUUGCAAAACUCUGAUGGCAAGGCUGUCUUCUUCUCUAUAGGCUCCGACAAUGUGUUAAACGUGUCGCAAGAAACCGCUGCAUCUCCAACGGGAUGGACAAAGUGGGACAUAUCCACCGCAAUUGCUGGUAGAUUUGGACAGGCUUCAAUCACAGCAAAGACAUUUGCCGUAUCACAAAACCUCAACAACCCGGCAAAUGUCGAUAUUGCCCUGGUAGCAUCUCUUGAGGGUCAGGGUCAAGAUAACCUCUUUCUGGCCUAUGACGUGCCCAACGAACCAAGUUCAUGGGAACAGAGCUGGUACUGGGAGGCGGCAUUUUUCGACGCUCCCGGAAGACCUAUGCCAAUGCCGUUUCUAAUCAGCAAUGUGUAUCUCAUGAACAUAUUUGGCAAGGGAAGACUGUGCUUCGUUGAUGUGAUUCGCAAUCCCACAGAGAAUAACCGUGUGAUUGAUCGCUAUUAUAUCCGUCACGGGGCCUCACCAAUAUGGUCAUUUCAUCCCCUUCCGAAUGAUGUCCGCGCUGGUUCAGUUAGCUGCCUAGGUAAACGACCCAAGGAGUCGGUUGGAGGCAUCUACACCUUAGCGUCUGUGGGACCAUGGACACAGGAGGUAAUAUAUACUCCUGCACGCACUGAGAAAGAUGCCCGUAGUAUCCGGCUUCCCACCCUUACUGGUUCGACUGCAAUCGCAUCAAUGUUGGAUGAGUCUGGGAACACCUUUCUGUUCAUAGCAUGGCCCAGUGACGGGGCGAUUGCUGUCUGGACCCCACAUCUGCAAAACAAUGGAGACUGGGCCCAGAUGGUUAUCGACACCGACUACACGGCAGCUACUGGUAUCCUGCGAGGGACUACUGCUCUCGUUGCCACAAGGCUAGGUAGUCGCACUGUACUUUGGGGUCUCAAUGGUCUUGGGGAGCUCUACAGUGCAUCAUGUCCAAGUGGAUCAGAAACAGACCAACUCGCAUGGUCUGAUCCCAUCGCGGUUUGCUUUGAUGUGCUUCAAUUCGCACACUACCCGAACGUGGCUCAGUCUAGUGCGAAUAAUGUUCUAUUUGCACAAACACAAACACAGACCUUAGACCAGCAGUUGACCAUGCUAACACAAAAUCUGAACACAUCCCUCUGGACCGAGCGCAGUGUAUUGCUCCCUCCAGAAAGCGUGAACACGGUCACUGAGUACUACAGUUAUACAAGCCAUAUCCAAGUCGUCGAUGAAAAUGACCAAGGAGUUCCCAAUUAUUCACCAGUUUUUUUAACCGGACUCAGUCCGGUGUCUGUCUAUGUGAAUGAUGUCUACCACGUGCUCACACCGGAUGUCCCGCUGCCAGCAACGACAAAUUCAUCUGGAGUUAUCACCAUUGUCCAGGAGAUACAGUCUCUUUCAGGAAUUCUUAUCGGCGUCGUCGUGCUGCCACCUGGAAGUGAUAAGCCUAUCUCCACAACCAUCGAUCCACAUGCAAAUGCUGCACAAAGGCUUGCCACCCUGGACUCAGCCCAGAGCCUGAGAGGCGCAACAAUUACAGACUCUAAUGGAUAUCAGAAGCCGUUGGUUCCCGCUUCAGUGUCGGAUAACGACAUGAAGAUUGCGGCGGAGAAAUUCCAGAAGUUACUAUACAUAAGGUCCCAGAUGCCAAGCAAUGGGGGCAGGCAGCUCAAGCCCUUCUCGGCAGUUUCAGCUGGACCGUUUCGUGGUAAUACUAUCUCUGAAGAGAAGCUCCGUAGCCGGAUUUCUCUUUUGUGGGGUGAUCUCGCUAGAUGGCUCAAAAAGUUCAUAAACAAAGUCGAGAGCAUCACUGCUCAAAUUAUUGACGGUUUCUGGAAUUUUGUCGUAGAGGUCGGUGACUUGAUCUAUAGCGCUGUGAUGGACACAGUUUCUGCGGUUGUAGGUGCAGUCGAAUAUGUCUUCCAUGAGAUCAACGUCGCCUACGAUGACAUCGUUCAGUAUCUUGGGUUUAUCUUUAAUUGGGCCGAUAUCAAGCGAACCCACUUUGUGAUCAAGAACAUUAUCAAAGUAUCCACAGCCCAUGCUGUCAAUUCGAUUACAGACAUCGACGACGGCAUCAAGCGUGAAUUCUCCACUAUUCAGGAGAGGCUUGAAAAUUGGGACAAAAUGCCCGACGUAGGUGGAACGAUUGGCCAACAGCAACAGCUUCAGUCUAAUGUGAAGGGGUGCAAGAGUCCACAAGCAAACUGGGCGCUGCAUCAUGCUACGAGCAGUAUACAGAACGCCCAGACCAGUCAUGAUCGACGAGAUCCAAUAUCCAAAGACAUCGAGAAGGCUUUCCAGGACAUCUAUUACCUGUUAAAGAAUGAAGAGACUGCUGUAGUGACAAUGGUUACACAACUGAAGGAUCUGCUGAUGAACUUUUCGUCACUGACUGCCGCUCAAGUCUGCCAGCAGGCGCUCGGAAUUAUUUCUGAGUUCAUUCUCGAGACAGCGGAGGACUGCUUACUCACGUUCCUGGACCUGGCUAAGCUUCUUGCCGACGCAGUAUUUACUCUUCUUGAUGCUCCAUUAAACAUCCCUAUUCUCUCCCCAAUUUACAAGGAUAUAACUGGAGACCAGCUCAGCUUUCUUGAUCUGGCAUGUUUCAUUGGUGCAGUCCCCGCCACUAUUCUAUACAAAGUGGUAACCAAUGCAACUCCGUUUCCAACAGAUGACCCACUCGGGGAUGCUUUGAUCCAGGCGCCUGAUUAUGCGACCCUUUCAAAGCUUCUCAAUUCGACCGAGCUUGACAAGUAUCAACAGCAGGCCUACCGCAAAUACUUGACCAUAGCCAGAAUCUCAAAGCCUAGGACCAUUCGUCCGGCCAAAGCAUACGAUUUAUGUGAGGCUGUCUCGAACUUCGUGGCUGCUUUUGCCUCCUUGGGCUACAUCCCUAUGACAAUCGCGAAAAGCGUCUUUGACUUUAAAAGAACACCAGCGCCCAAGGCACUUAGAUAUACUAUCCCAGUUGUUUACAUGGGAUACGUCAUGCCAGAUAUCAUUGGCUCCUUGUCGGACAGAAGGGAAUGGUACACCAUCCUGAAUUGGUAUUAUACUGCCAUUAGCAUUGUAAAGGCAGGCCUUGACAGCAGUGACACAAUCGGAACCAACUCGACGUAUAGUGGGUGGGUCAAUCCAAUUAUUGAAACCGGCCUGAAUAUCUGUUGGCUCGUGCCCGCCGUUGGGGACUUCGUCGAUAAUCACGACACCAGAUCUGAUAUAGCGGCCUUCUACGCGAAUGUCCUGUUCGACGCCGGCGGGAGCUUAUCUGCUGGCGCGUCUGAGGACCUUACAGGUGCUGAGGUAGCAGCGGAUAUGCGAGUCGCUCAAACUCUCUUGUCGCUUGGGUACUUCGGUUGUGUGACUGCGACGGGAUAUUUUGUGACUAAAGGACAGUAA